AAACCUCUGUGUAAUGAUAUUGUUUGCAGUGAUGCUCCGAGAGCAGGCACCUGCUGCUCUGUAAUGAUUCAGCCUGUUUCAGCCCUCGCUUUAACACAACAGGAUGCUGUUGCUACUGUCACUGUUACCUCCGCCGCUGCUGCCGCCGGUGCUGCUCUUCCUGAUUUUGCUUUUGCUUCUGCUGCAUGACAAUUGUUUUCUUCAUCUAAGCAGACACCAGCCUCAGACGCUCAAGGUGAGGAGCCAGCCUUUCGCUCUGGGCUAUUGGUUCACUUAAUCCAACAAUUUGUGCUUUCUUUGGUGCGGUUCUCCCACCUUGCACCACCCCCAACACUCCCCUCGGACGAGCUGGGAUGGCUUGAGAGGCAUUGAAGGAAUUAUAAAAGUGGCCAGGAAAUGGGAGCUAAAUAAUUACUAAGCAACUCUAUUUCUUGUUUAAUAGGAGAGGGUUUUUUUAUUUUUAUCCUCUCCCAGUUCAGAUGAUGUUCUUGAACUUGGACUCUCUACUGACUCCCACUGUGUGAUUUUUUCCAGAGUUGGGUGAUUUGAUUUUUGCCCCUCUCAUAAUAAUGGACUGUGAUAGAGUUAGGGCCUUUUGGAGGUGAGCUGGUUGAAAUUUUUAUGCUUAAAUAUGUCUGAAGUAUCGGCAGAGGCUUUUCCCCACUCCUCGACUCAGCUGAACCCUGCUGCAUCUCUCGAAGGGCUCCCAGCUGAGGACAACAUGUCAGGGAUGCAAACAGAGGACGGGAGGGUCCAGGGAAUAGCAGGCCUUGCCGCUACUUGCUGCGUGUGCCUGGAGGCAGAGCGAUUGAGGGGCUGCCUCAACUCUGAAAAGAUCUGCAUCGUCCCUAUCCUGGCUUGCCUUCUCAGCCUGUGCCUCUGCAUUGCUGGCCUCAAGUGGGUGUUUGUAGAUAAAAUUUUUGAGUAUGAUUCUCCUACCCACCUCGACCCUGGGAGGAUAGGGCAAGACCCAGUGAUUUCAGUGGAACCUACUGCUCUGUCUGCUUGGGUGCCUUCAGUGGUGCAUACCUCACCUUUCCCAGCACCGAGCCCUGAAACCAAGGUUGAAGUUACAGUGCAAGCUGAUAGUUCGCUAGUGCCCUCCGAGCCUUUCCUCUCCCCUUCUCCGCAUAACCGUGUCUUAGAUUUUUCAUUGUUGUCCUCCGCCGCACCUUCCUUCCCUCCGCCCACGCUGGAGCCUGAGGUGAGAGAGGCUACCACCCUGUCUCAGGCACAACCAACAGAAACUAAUCUCCAAAUCGCUCCAAAACUUUCCACUUCUACAUCGACUACUGGGACAAGUCAUCUCACAAAAUGUGACAUAAAGCAGAAAGCCUUCUGUGUCAAUGGGGGAGAGUGUUACAUGGUCAAAGACCUUCCAAAUCCCCCCCGAUAUUUGUGCAGGUGCCCAAAUGAAUUUACUGGUGAUCGCUGCCAAAACUACGUAAUGGCCAGCUUCUACAAGCAUCUUGGGAUUGAAUUUAUGGAAGCAGAGGAACUAUACCAGAAAAGGGUCUUGACCAUAACUGGCAUCUGCAUUGCCCUCCUUGUAGUUGGCAUCAUGUGUGUUGUGGCCUACUGCAAAACCAAGAAGCAACGGAAAAAGUUGCACGAUCGUCUUAGGCAGAGCCUGCGCUCUGAGCAGAACAACAUGGUGAACAUGGCCAAUGGGCCCCACCAUCCCAAUCCACCGCCCGAAAACGUCCAGCUAGUAAAUCAGUAUGUAUCUAAAAAUGUAAUAUCCAGUGAACACGUCAUUGAGAGAGAGACAGAGACGUCGUUUUCCACAAGUCACUACACCUCGACAACGCAUCACUCCACCACUGUCACCCAGACGCCCAGCCAUAGUUGGAGUAACGGUCAGACGGACAGCAUUAUCUCAGAAAGCCACUCGGUGCUUGUGAGUUCUUCUGUAGAGAACAGCAGGCACACGAGCCCAGCAGGACCCAGAGGACGCCUCAGCGGCAUAGGAGGUCCACGAGAUUGCAACAGCUUCCUGAGGCAUGCAAGAGAGACCCCUGACUCCUACCGAGAUUCGCCUCACAGCGAAAGGUAUGUAUCAGCUAUGACCACACCGGCUCGCAUGUCACCUGUUGAUUUCCACACUCCAAGUUCUCCAAAGUCCCCCCCUUCAGAAAUGUCUCCACCGGUAUCCAGUUUAACUGUAUCUGUCCCUUCUGUGGCGGUCAGUCCCUUUAUGGAAGAGGAGAGGCCUCUGCUUCUGGUGACGCCACCUCGGUUACGGGAGAAGUAUGACCAUCACAUUCAGCAGUUCAAUUCCUUCCACCACAACCCCGCCCAUGAGAGCAACAGUCCGCCACCUAGUCCUCUGAGGAUAGUAGAGGACGAGGAAUAUGAGACCACACAAGAGUAUGAGCCCGCACGGGAGCCUCCAAAGAAACUAGUCAACAGCCGGAGGGCAAAAAGAACAAAGCCCAACGGCCACAUUUCCAACAGAUCAGAAGUGAACACCGACACAAGCUCUGAGAGCAGUAGCUCUGAGAGUGAAACAGAAGACGAAAGAAUAGGUGAGGAUACACCUUUCCUGAGCAUACAGAACCCCAUGGCAACCAGCCUAGAGCCAGCCACUGCAUACCGCCUGGCUGACAGCAGGACUAACCCAACUAGCCGGUUCUCCACACAGGAAGAAUUACAAGCAAGGUUGUCCAGUGUAAUAGCUAAUCAAGACCCUAUUGCUGUAUAAAACAUAAACAAAACGCAUAGAUUCACAUGUAAAACUUUAUUUUAUAUAAUGAAGUAUUCCACCUUUAAAUUAAACAAUUUAUUUUAUUUUAGCAAAUUCCACUAAUAGAAAACAGGAGGGGGAAAAAAACUUUUAUAAAUUAAAUAUAUGUAUGUACAAAUGUGUUAUGUGCCAUAUGUAGCAAUUUUUUACAGUAUUUCAAAAAUGAGAAAGAUAUCAAUGGUGCCUUUAUGUUAUGUUAUGUUGAGAGCAAGUUUUGUACUGUUACAGUAAUUGCUGUUCCACGGUAUUUUGCAGAAUCUUCCGACCUUCAGUUCUCCUGGCUUUUUUGUGCAUUGCGUCAUGGUAACUGGACGUAUGAUUUGCAAGAAUUGCAAAAGUCCCUAUGUUUGCUUGUAGUAGACUGCCCCCCCCCCAAUCAAAAUACGCUGUAAUGACAUACCCACCAACAAAACAAGACUGUUGUCUUCUAUAAGAGGUUUUAUUUGCUUUCCGUAUCUGAAAUGAGUUGUGUCUGCUCUCUGCCAGCCAAAAGGUUUGCUUCAUUGGGCACUGGAAUAAUAGUACAUCAAAAGCAUGCUACUAUUAAUGACAGCAGGAUAACAAAAAUUGCAUUAAAUAAUGUUACAUAGUAGAAAGAGAGUAAUACUGUGAUUUUAAACUGAAUAUAUUAUUAAUCAGAGAUCAGCUUGUACUCACUAGGAACUGUCAUUACAUUUUUUUCCAGAUAUUAAUUGUCCUAGUUAUCCCUUAGGAAAUGGGCUCAGAGUAGCAGAGGCUGUGAACCCGGUAGUCUACAAAAGAACAAGAUUUCUAUUAGCUUAAGUUACUGGGAAAAACACACCAGGUAUCUGUAACCAGACAAGGAAACGAACUAGCUGGGAAAAAAAGCCACCAAUAAAAGUGUAGCCAUUUUUACCUGUAUUUUAAUGUUGAUUUUUAAUAGACAGUUAUUCUUUGUUUUCAAAGGGACACAGUGAGAACCACACCCCCCCAGCAAACCUGUAACCAUAACUAUUCUGUGACUUGUUGGAGCUGCUCUUAGUAGGAGAGUCAUACUUGUCCAUAGAAAUGACUUGCAGCCAAAUCAAUUUGCUGAAUAGUUAAAAGGAAUCCUGGUGGGAAAGACAGAGCAGAAGACGCAUUGAGUUCAUAUCUGGUGACCUGAUUUUUUUUUAAUAGUUCUAUGAAAAGCCCAUUUCUGUAAACAAACACGCUGCGUUGAUUAGCCCCACAAUGUGCAUGGGUAUUUGUGCAUGUGACCAGGGAUUGCAUUAGAAUCUUUGACUGGUAAUAGCCAAGUUGUGGUAUCAAUACUGGAGUUAUUGCCCCCUUUCAGACAGAAGCAAAUCGCCUCUUUUGCACCGAAUCCUGAUCAGUUUAGUGGGGUGACCCCCUCUCCUUUGAGUUUGAUUUGACAUUCAGCUGGCACAAUGCAGACUCAGGGCUGAUAUAAAUAGCAAGCGUUCUGCAUGGACCCCUGGGAGUAUGACUAGGAGAACAUCAGUGCUGUAAGUAUGACGGAUCCUAAAUAGGAGGCAUUCCAGGACAACAAAAAUUUCAGCCAUGAUUUACUCUUCCUUCCGAUCCCAGUUACACUGAUGUAAAUCCGAAUCUAUCAAGGCAAUUAUGCCAGAUAUACACCAGUGGAACUAAGAUCGCAAUUCAGCAAACCUCUAAGCACAUGCUUAUCUGUGGCAUGUGCUCAAGUCCCAUUGACAGCAAUAGGACGUGAGUAAAGUUAAGCACCCACUGAAGUGCUUUGCUGAACAGGGUUGGACAGCUCAUUCCAGCAGAAUCUGGCCAAUUGUGGUAAAUGAAGCUACUCAGGACUCUGGAUGAAGGCGGGGAGUGACAGUCCUGUAUUAUCAAAACAGACAGCAUCAGCUUCACUUUUGCUGUGAGAGGAGAGUUCUUAGCCAUCUGAUCAAGCAGACUGAGAGCUUAGGACAGUAGGGAAAUAGUGACAAGAUUACAAGGGAGAAUCUUUCUGAUGGAAGGGAAAGCAAGGGGAGGUGAUUUUCAGUGAGAGAGCUCAGGCAGUGGGCUCAGUUGUACUUGCAUAUCGCUGCGCAUUUAAAAAGCAUAUGGGAGACUGCAGAGUUUUUAAUUAAUGUGUUACCAAGACUCAGAUCCCUUCCCAGUUUUCCCUCCUCUUUUGUAUUCAUUGCUGUAUUUUCACUGUGCUUACCAGUGUCUUUGUAUUGCAUCUGCACAGAACCAGGGCCCUGUGUAAAUUCUGAAUGCCUGGCACUCAUUUCAUAUGUUAGUCAUUAUUAUUGUUGUAGCAGUCUCCGCAGAGUCCAGGGCCCCAUUGUGCUAGGAACUGUACAAACAGAUAGUAAGAAGAAGUGGCUGGGGUUUUCAAAGAGGCCUACGUGAUUUAGGAACAAAAGUCUUAUUGUCUGUCAAUGGGACUUGUUCUCCCAAGUCACUUAGGCGCUUUUGAAAAUUCAACCCAGUCCUGCCCCAGUGAGUUUACUAAAUAGACUAGACAGCCAAAGUGUGGGAGGGGAAAGAGAGGGAAACUGACCUGCCCAAGGGUGCACCACUGGGAAUAGAGCCCCGAUCUCCUGGGUCUGCAUUCAGUGCCCCAUCCACUGAAUCACACCAUGUCUUGGUGACCUUUGCGGCUUCUCACAGAUUAAUGGUGGGGGGGGGAGGGUGAUCACAUGAAAGCAGAGUAAAUUACUUACAACAUUGAAAGUAUUAUCAAAGAUUACAGAAGGGCACUACAAAAUGGAAGUCUGUGCCUUGUGCACGUGGAACACCUGGGGAAAUCUGUUACAUUCUUCUGAUUGCAUUGUCUAGCUCUCAAGCCAAAGGAGCUGCCCCAGCAUACAGGGGGAGUGACGCACAACAGAGCACGAGCCCUGAGAGCUUUAAGCUGGGGUUUUCAGAGAUGCGUGUGCUCAACGAGUGUCAAUGGGAGCUGGCUCCCUUUGGAAAUCCCAGCAAAAACCAAACCUGUGUUAAGUCAGUAGAGUUACCCUGGUUUUGCACCAGCAUAACAUAGCAGAAUUUGGCCUCUUGCAUGAGCCAUAUUAGUAAUACGUACUGAGAAUGGUAGGACACAGCUCUGCACAGUCUGAGUCGAGGUUAACGAACCAGUAACAUGGCUAACCCUGACGCUGCUGCGGCCUGUUGCCUCCUGGAGACGGGCUUGAGCCUGCAAGAGGUGCUGAGCAAUCCCUGGACCUGCUGCUCACCUCACAAGACUGACGGGGUGGAAAUUCAGCUCUCAGCAUUAGAGCAAACAUGCUUUCCGGUGACAGGCCAAGUCAUCUCUUGGGGUCAUUUGCUGCACUCUCUGUGCUACUGGGGUCCCUUUAACAAUGUACAACCCUCUGGCAGCCAUGCCGGCCCUCUGCUAAAACUCACAGUAAGUGCAACAGCAAUCCGAGGGGAACGAAGACUCUGUGGCUGUAAAACCACCCUGAGUUCUAUGACCAUGACAUUUACCCCACCAGGACGUAUUUAUUCUGAGCAGUUUUACAUUUUGGGAAAUUCUGCAUGAUUAGAGGAUCCCGUCAGGGGUGGACAAUGGAAAGUGGUGCGUAAAACAUGGUGGGGGCCCGAUCCUCAGCUGGUGUAGAUCAGUACAGCGUCACGGCUGCUGAUUGACACUAGCUGAGAAUCUGGUCCUUUAUCCUCACAUUUGUGUUUUCCCCCAUCUCCCACCUCAUCCCACAAAAUUUCUCCCUGGGUGUGAAAGGACCAGCAUUUCUCUUUGCUUUGCCAGGGAAACAAUAAAACUUCCUUUCCUGUCUCUUGUUUCAUGACAAUGAAGCAUCGUCUCCUGUUUUCAUCCAGCUACUAUAUCUUUGUACGGAUUAUGAACCAUUACUCGUGCAUUCAGAACAGCAAAUCUGUGCCUGCUAAACGGGCAAGUCGCCCCUGGCAAACAUAAACAAAGCCUGUUCUCUGUCUUCGAUACUGGCUAGAUUCCAUCAGCCACAUUGAUUUCCAAGGAGAAGAGCACCUAUGAAAUGCUGCAGAGAAAUGCAGACAAAGAAAAUGGCCACAUAUCAUUAUUUUAAUGAUAUAUUCUGUUGUAAAUACAUCUUGUACAUACUUGAAUGUUUUCCUCCAUCAUUUAUUGUCUUUCUGAGUUACGUGUCAAUGAUGCUCUCUCAGUUCCUUGUGUAACACUGUAAAUACCAUAAUGUCCUUUAUUAUUUAUACUUAGGCAUUUAACACAGAGAGAGAUGGCUUCAUAUUAUUUUAAGCUAUAUGUCAGAAAUAGGGUUUGUUUUCCUUUUGCUUUAAAAUUGUCAUGUAUCCUCUUGUUUCUCUUUUCCUUUAAAAAAAAAAAUAAUUUAUUGUUGAGAAGAGAGGAUUGUAUCUGUAAUGAAACUGUUCAAAGAAUGCACCCUGGAAGGCCGCAAGGUACUGAUAAACUAAAGAAUUUAUUAUCCCAA